AUGUCUUACCAAAAGCCAGAGAAGGAGUUCGGCGAAGGCCCAAAAACUCACAAGAUCCGUAUCACCUUGACCAGCCGAAAGGUCGCUUCCCUCGAGAAGGUCUGCCAGGAGCUCAUUGAGCGCUCCAAGAGCAAGGAUCUCCGUGUCAAGGGCCCCGUCCGUCUCCCAACCCAGACUCUCAAGGUCACCACCCGAAAGACCCCCUGUGGUGAGGGUUCCAAGACCUGGGACACCUUCGAGAUGAGACUCCACAAGCGAUUGAUUGACCUCAACGCCCCUACCGAGGUCGUCAAGCAGAUCAUCAUCAACAUUGAGGCCGGUGUCGAGGUCGAGGUUACGAUUGCUGCUUAA